AUGCAGAUUUUCGUCAAGACCCUCACGGGCAAGACUAUCACCCUCGAGGUGGAGUCAAGCGACACUAUCGACAAUGUCAAGUCUAAGAUUCAGGACAAGGAGGGAAUCCCCCCUGACCAACAGCGAUUGAUCUUCGCCGGCAAGCAGCUUGAGGAUGGCCGAACUCUCUCCGACUACAACAUCCAGAAGGAGAGCACCCUCCACCUUGUGCUCCGCCUCCGUGGUGGCGCCAAGAAGCGCAAGAAGAAGGUCUACAGUACCCCCAAGAAGAUCAAGCACAAGCGCAAGAAGACCAAGUUAGCCGUCCUUAAGUACUACAAGGUCGACGGCGAUGGCAAGAUUGAGCGUCUCCGCCGCGAGUGCCCUGCUGAUACCUGCGGUGCUGGUGUCUUCAUGGCUGCCAUGCAGGACCGACAGUACUGUGGCCGAUGCCACCUUACCUACGUCUUCGACAAGCAGUAA